CCUGGACCUGAAGCUGGACUGGACCUGGACCUUUGAAAAACAAAGGAGAAAAUAUGGCGUCACUGAAAAAGAUCCUCUUCAGUACUUUAGAACAUUUGGGGAAAGAGGACUUUGAAGAAUUCAAGUGGCACUUGCAGCUGAAGGUCCUAGGAUUUGAAGGAAUCCCAAAGAGUCGACUAGAGGAUGCAUGUCGGACGCAAACUGUGGACCAUAUGUUUCUGAACUACGGCAUUAACACUAUUAAAGUGACCAGAAACGUUUUGAAGGAGAUGAAUCAGAAUCUUCUGGAGGAGAAAUUAUCAGAAAUCACAUCAGAACCGACAGAGAUUCAUUCAGAGAUUCAUUCAGAGAGUCUUAUUCAGUGCCAAGGGAACCUCAAAUUCAACCUGAAGAUAAAAAUUGAGAAAAUCAUAAAAACGGGUAAUUCAAGACCUCUAAAUGAAAUCUACACGGAGAUCUACAUCACCAUGGGAGAAACUUCAGCUGAAGAACAUGAGGUCAGACAGAUUGAAACAGCUUCCAGGAAACCAGACAGACCAGAAACAAUCAUCAGACAAGAAGAACUCUUUAAAGCCUCACCUGGAAGAGAUGCACCCAUCAGAGUGAUGACAAAGGGAGUGGCUGGCAUCGGGAAAACAGUCUUAACACAGAAGUUCACUCUGGACUGGGCUGAAGGCAAAGCCAACCAGGACAUCCAGUUCACAUUUCCAUUACCUUUCAGAGAGCUGAAUGUGGUGAGAGAGAACAAGUACAGCUUGGUGGAACUUGUUCAUCACUUCUUCACUGAAACCAGAGACGCAGGAAUCUGCAGGUUUGAUCAGUUCCCGGUUGUGUUCAUCUUUGACGGUCUGGAUGAGUGUCGACUUCCUCUGGACUUCCUCAACAAUGAGAUCCUGACUGAUGUCACAGAGUCCACCUCAGUCGAUGUGCUGCUGACAAACCUCAUCAGGGGAAAGCUGCUUCCCUCUGCUCGCAUCUGGAUAACCACACGACCUGCAGCAGCCAAUCAGAUCCCUCCUGAGUGUGUGGACAUGGUGACAGAGGUCAGAGGGUUCACUGACCCACAGAAGGAGGAGUACUUCAGGAAGAGAUUCAGAGAUCAGGAGCUGGCCAGCACCAUCAUCUUCCACAUCAAGACCUCACAAAGCCUCCACAUCAUGUGCCACAUCCCAAUCUUCUGCUGGAUCUCUGCUUCAGUUCUGGAGAAAAUGUUGAAAACCAGAGAAGGAGGAGAGCUGCCCAAGACACUGACUGAGAUGUACAUCCACUUCAUGGUGAUUCAGUCCAAAAUGAAGAACGUCAAGUAUCAUGGAAAAAGGGAGACAGAUUCCCACUGGAGUCCAGAGACCAGGAAGAUGAUGGAGGCUCUGGGAAAACUGGCCUUUGAGCAGCUGCAGAAAGGCAACCUGAUCUUCUAUGAUCACGACCUGACAGACUGUGACAUCGAUAUCACAGAAGCCUCAGUGUACUCAGGAGUGUUCACACAGGUCUUUAGAGAGGAGAGUGAAUUGUACAAGGAAACAGUGUUCUGCUUCGUCCAUCUGAGCAUUCAGGAGUUUCUGGCUGCUCUUCAUGUCCAUCUGACCUUCAUCAACUCUGGAGUCAACCUGCUGGCAGAAGAACCAACAACCUCCUGGCUGCUUAAAGUGUUCAGAGACAAGCCUCAACUUAAACAUCUCUACCAGAGUGCUGUGGACCAGGCCUUACAGAGUCCAAACGGACACCUGGACUUGUUCCUUCGUUUCCUCCUGGGUCUUUCACUGCAGACCAAUCAGAAACUCCUACAUGGCCUGCUGAAAGAAACAGGAAGUAACUCACAGAUCAACCAGAAAACAGUUGAGUACAUCAAGAAGAAGAUAAGAAAGAACCCAUCUCCGGAGAGAAGCAUCAACCUGUUCCACUGUCUGAAUGAACUGAAUGAUAGUUCUCUAGUGGAGCAGAUCCAACAGUACCUGAGUUCAGGAAGUCUCUCCACAGAUAAACUGUCUCUUGCUGAGUGGUCGGCUCUGGUCUUCAUCUUACUGUCAUCAGGAAAAGAUCUGGACGUCUUUGACCUGAAGAAAUACUCUGCUUCAGAGAAGGCUCUUCAGAGGCUGCUGCCAGUGGUCAAAGCCUCCAGGAAAGCUCUGCUGAGUGGCUGUAAGCUGUCAGAGAGAAGCUGUGAAGCUCUGUCCUCAGUCCUCAGCUCCCAGUCCUCUAGUCUGAGAGAGCUGGACCUGAGUAACAACGACCUGCAGGAUUCAGGAGUGAAGCUGCUGUCUGCUGGACUGGAGAGUCCUCACUGUGAACUGGAGACUCUCAGUCUCUCAGGCUGUAUGGUCACAGAGCAAGGCUGUGUUUCUCUGGCUUCAGCUCUGAGCUCCAACCCCUCCCAUCUGAGAGAGCUGGACCUGAGUAACAACGACCUGCAGGAUUCAGGAGUGAAGCGGCUGUCUGCUGGACUGGAGAGUCCACACUGUGAACUGGAGACUCUCAGUCUCUCAGGCUGUAUGGUUACAGAGGAAGGCUGUAUCUCUCUGGCUUCAGCUCUGAGCUCCAACUCCUCCCAUCUGAGAGAGCUGGACCUGAGUAACAACGACCUGCAGGAUUCAGGAGUGAAGCUGCUGUCUGCUGGACUGGAGACUCCUCACUGUGAACUGGAGACUCUCAGUCUCUCAGGCUGUAUGGUCACAGAGGAAGGCUGUGUUUCUCUGGCUUCAGCUCUGAGCUCCAACCCCUCCCAUCUGAGAGAACUGGACCUGAGCUACAAUCAUCCAGGAGACUCAGGAGAGAAGCUGCUGUCUGCUGGACGUGAGGAUCCACUCUGGAGACUGAAGACACUCAGGCUGGACCAUGGUGGAGAGCAGAGGUUAAAACCAGGUCUGAGGAAGUAUUCCUGUGGACUCACCCUGGACUCAAACACAGUACAGAGAGACCUCAAACUGUCUGAGGACAACAGGAAGGUGACACAUGUGGGAGAGGGUCUGCCACAUCCUGAUCAUCCAGAGAGGUUUGACUCCUGGAAUCAGCUGAUGUGCAGAGAAGCUCUGACUGGUCGCUGUUACUGGGAGGUCGAGAGGAGAGGAGGGGUUCAUAUAGCAGUGACUUACAGAGGAAUCAGCAGGAAAGGAGGCAGAGAUGACAGUGAGUUUGGAAGGAAUGAUCAGUCCUGGAGUCUGAAAUGCUCUGAUAGAGGUUACUCUGUCCGGCACAAUAAGAGAGAAACAAGCACCUCCUCCUCCUCCUCCUCCUCCUCCUCCUCCUCCUCCUCCUCCUCCUCUCGUAGAGUAGCAGUGUAUCUGGAUCAUGCUGCUGGCUCUCUCUCCUUCUACAGAGUCUCCUCUGACACACUGACCCACCUCCACACCUUCAGAACCACAUUCACUGAACCUCUCUACGCUGGGUUUCGGUUAGGGUUCUGGUCAUAUGACUCCUCAGUGUCUCUGUGUCCUCUGUAGGAGGAGAUCACUUCCUGUCCUGGGUUUAAGGGUUGCUGUUUUAAAUCUGGCUCACUGAUUGUGUCUUUACUGUCAGAAGUGUUUUUAUUCUGAAGGCUGUGUCCCCAGAGAGUCUUUUAUUCUGAAGGCUGUGUCCCCAGAGAGUCUUUUAUUCUGAA